AUGCACACUGCAGAAUUCCUAGACAUCUACCCAACUGAUAUCUCUUCUGUCCUUGCAGGUGGUUACAAUCAUCCACUAUUGAGAGAAUGGCAGAACGAACGCCAGCUGACUAAGAACAUAUUCAUUUUCCCACUCUUUAUCUCUGACGAUCCAGAUGAUGAAACUGCCAUCGAGUCUUUGCCCAAUAUCAAAAGAUUUGGUGUCAACAAGUUGGCAGCAUACCUCCGUCCCCUAAUUGAAAAGGGUCUGAGAUCUGUCAUUCUUUUCGGUGUUCCAUUGAAGCCUGGUUGCAAGGAUGCAUUCGGAACUGCAGCAGAUGAUCCAGAAGGACCUGUCAUCCAGGCUAUUAAGUUGCUGCGUCGUGAAUUUCCAGAUCUUUACAUCAUGUGCGAUGUUUGUUUGUGUGAAUAUACAUCGCAUGGUCAUUGUGGCGUUUUAUAUGAUGACGGGACCAUUAACCGUGAGGAGUCGGUGCGCAGGAUUGCUGCAGUCGCAGUAAACUAUGCCAAGGCUGGCGCUCAUUCCGUAGCACCUAGUGAUAUGAUUGAUGGUAGAAUCAAGGACAUCAAAUACGGUUUGAUAAAGGCAGGUUUGGCUCAUAAAACUUUCGUUCUCAGCUACGCAGCCAAAUUCAGCGGUAAUUUGUACGGACCCUUCCGUGACGCUGCCUGUUCUUCGCCUUCCAGUGGAGAUAGAAAGUGCUAUCAGCUUCCAUCAGGAGGGCGAGGAUUGGCUCGUAGGGCUUUAAGAAGAGAUUUGGCUGAGGGUACCGACGGUAUUAUCGUAAAGCCUUCCACUUUUUAUUUGGACAUUAUGGCAGACGCUUCCGAAAUUGCUAGGGAUAUUCCCAUUUGCGCAUAUCAUGUCUCUGGAGAAUAUGCAAUGCUUCAUGCAGCUGCUGAAAAGGGCGUUGUUGACUUCAAGACUAUCGCGUUUGAGUCUCAUCAAGGCUUUUUGAGAGCAGGCGCAAGGCUUAUUAUAAGUUACUUGACCCCUGAAUUCUUGGAGUGGUUAAGUGAAUAA